AAACCCACCAUUUUUCUCUAGAUCUUUCCCCUUUAUUUCUAGUCGAUCCUCCGCACUUUUUCUCCUUUGGCUGUCGAGUGGGAUGUGUGGGACGCUCCCUCCAGUGAAAUCUCUUUCAUUUUGUUGGUUGUUUAAGUUUGGGGCUUUGAUUUCCAGAUGGCAAAAAGAAAGCUGAUUUUGUGAGGCAGAUUCACGAGAAGGCAAGACUCAACAUUGAGUGAAGAACAGAGCAAUAUGCAAAGCAAGCCAACAAGGGGCGUUCUAAGCUGGUCUUCGAACCUGGAGAUUGGGUUUGGUUGCACAUGAGGAAAGAAAGAUUCCCAGCACAAAGGCGUUCCAAAUUGCUUCCAAAAAGAGAUGGUCCUUUCCAAGUCUUAAAGCGCGUCAACGAUAAUGCUUACAAACUAGAUUUACCAAGUGAGUACAAUGUUAGUGCCACUUUCAAUGUUACUAAUUUGAGUCCUUUUGAUGCAGUAGAUGAUUUGAGGACAAAUCCUUUUCAAGAGGAAGGGAAUGAUAUAAAUCCAAGUUUGACUUUAAAAGAUUCGAUUCAAGUUCCCGUUGGACUGAUUACAAAGGCUCGAGCUAAGAAGUUCAAGGAAGCACUUAAUGAGUUGAUUCGAGAAAUAUGGACUCAAGCCAAUUCAUGGAGGCCCAUUGAGGGAAGUCCAUGUGAGCCUCAAAAUUGCAUUAGCCUAAUCCAAGUUCAAGAAGACUUUGUCAAAGCCAAGCCUAAUCUUUGCAAGUAAUGGUCAUGAACUUUGGGCAUGAACUCAACAAUCAUUCUGGCUCAAAUUUAUUACUUUCCUUUUUGGGUUUUGGCUUGCAUGCCAAGUUUUUCUUUUUUGGGUUGAAUUACACAAUUUGCAUCAAAUCUACUAUAGUUGGCUGCACACUAAUAUUUCACAAU